UGUCCUCCUUCAUCCUUCUCUCGUCGUCGCGCCACACACCGUUGCAGCCAAGAAUCUGGCAUAUCUUUCCCCACCGCUAUGUCCUUUUUUUCUUUCCGCUUCUUAUACUUUUUUUUUUCUUUUUCAGUCGGUCGCGGUAACGUUAACGAUCUCGGCAGGCGCGCGCGUGCACCGAUACAUACGCGCACAAUCCGCAUUUCCCUCUCUCUCCCUGCCGUAACCUCAACCCUCGAGCAUCGGAUACAACUCGGAUUCCAACGCUGUACAAUCCCCGCUUCGUGACCCAUCUCGAUCUUCCCCACUCUCGGUACGCCGUUCUCGAACUCGAGGCUCGCUUUAAAAUCUCCCUCUCCCCGUAUCACUUUGCGCCGAGAGUCGGUUCAUUCAUGCUAACCAGUGGUUCUCCGCUCGAUUGAUUGCUCGCGAUCGCGUUAGAGAUCGCGUUAAAACCUUAAGAAGAGUUUCGACGUCGUCUACUUUCGAAUACGAUAUCGUCGAGCGUUUUCAAUCGCACGCGUUCCCUAUCGCGAACCAACAGAUUCGGUUAAACUCUGAAUGCUCUGUGAACAUAUUCUACGCGAUACGCUCGAUUUCACUCGCUCUCUGUCCGAUUCGAUCCGAUGGCAUCCGAUGCCGCUCUAUUUGUUUUUACGAUCGAGAACGAGAAUAGGGGCAACGCGUACAGAGGAAAGCAUGGUAAGAGGCGGAGAGAAAGACAGCGGUGGGAGUGAAUGGAUCACGGCCUUAGUCAAUGAAACAGCGAUUCUCAAACGAAGACGCGUAAAUUCUUAAGUACGAUCGCCGUUCGUUGUUCCUAUCCCUAUCCUAUCCGUUAUUUCAACACGGAUACCUUGAAUCGAAUCUUUCUCGUCCCUGAUACCGUAUAUAGCGAUAUACGGUAUCGUUGCAGCGAACUUUCAUUUUUACUAAAACGACAAAAUCGAUGUCCCACCGAAGCAGCGCAUACUAAUAAUAACGCCUAUACACGGUUGAAUCGUAAGCUCGUCGAGCAAGUUUCGAUUACAUCCGAAGGAAACUGACUACGAAAGAGUUGUUUUUCUUUUCGAAGUCAACGAAGGAAGAAAAUAUCCAGGUACGGGGAAAAAAUGAUACGAGGAGAAUAGGUAAGAGAAAAUUGUCGAAAGAAAAUUGUAAAAAGAAAGGAGGAUUGACGCAUAACGCGAAGGACGUGGGAAAAGUGUACGAAAGAAAGGAAUAAAUAAAGGCAAGGGUAAGAAAGCAAAAAAUCGAACACGACAUAUAGCAGGGUGAUAAAGAUGCAAGAGGCAGAAGGUAAAAACAGAGAAACGAAAUAGGGCACGACGAAUCCGAGUAACGAGUACUUACAUCUCGAUGAUGGACCACGCGAGUAAAGGAAUAAAGUAAAGCGGAGUAGAAUUACAACGGAACGGAAUAGAACUAAACUGAAUGAAGUGGAACGGAAUAGAGUGGAAUCGACUCGAGUAGAAUGGACUGUACUGGACCGUGGUGAAGUGGAGUUGAGUCGAAGUGGAGUGGAGUGGUAUAGAGUGGAAGUGGAGUGGAGUGGAGUGGCGUGGAGUGGCGUAGAGUGGAAUGGAGAAAGAAGAAGGGAGUACUCAUUCAUGGUUUGCCUCCAACUGUUAGAAGUUCAGUCGAACGAAUGGAAGAGAUUCGCGCGCAGCACGAACGCUGCGAGCCGUUUAAAUCUCGGACCGGCUCGAACGAUGUCGCGGAACAGAGAACGUAAGACGGUGACGCGUUCUUCGUAAAUGAUAGAAGGUAGAGAAGGCAAGGACAUCGGAAACAGUGUGAGACACGCGUAUCUGGACCAAAAGCGAACGUUUUUGUGGGCUGUCGGUGAAACGCGCAAUCUUAUUUUCUCCCACGAUGAAACUAUACUUCGAGUAAAGUUUAUCUAGUACGAUCUAUCUAUCUAGAAAUAUCUAGUACGAUCGUGUUUCGUGGUAGGCGAACAACUAUAUAUCGUUAAUACGAUUGUCACGUACCGUAUUUACCUUUCUCUCGAAUCGAUCGUUGAAAUCCCGUCUAGAUCUCAUAGUGGAAAUCUCCUAUAAAUCUGAUAGAAAUCUCGGCAGAAAAGACACGCAACGGGUUCGGUAUCUUCAGGAUGAGAUUACGAUACAACGGCAUCGCAUCGACCAGUAUCGUAAAAUAUUCUUAACUGUUCGCAACGAUGUUCGUAGCGGCUAUUAUAUACGCAUCUGCGAAUAUGCUCUAUUCGAUGGACGGAUAGAGAAACGCGCGUUAAUCCUAUUAUUUUUACGAUCGUUAUCCGUUUUCUUCGCCGCUAGUCGGUGUUAAUCUUUUAUAACGAAGAAAAAUUUAGGAAAAGAAAGGAAAGGAAACAUUAAAAAAGGAAAGAGAAGGGUGCGUGAGAAAGGAUGGCCGAGUUGACGUGCUUGCUAUUAGCGAUGUUCGGGCAGCUGCUCGUUCGUGGAAGCAAGGGUAGUUUUCUUGGCAUAGAAAUGGACGAAACCGGGCAAAAAUUUCUCAACGAAUAUUUAUCCGUCGACGAGGGCAAGUACCUCGGUGAAUUGCAGCCGUUUCGAGACACAGCGAUCGAGCUCGAUCUGAUCGAUCAAAAGAGGAAGCAUCGACCGGUACAUCAACCACCGAGAGUUCUCUAUCAGAUCGGGGACAGCGAAGACGAGUUGCCCGAGUGCUCGGAUCGAAGCGAAGUUUGCAGCAAGGUGGAUUUAUAUGGGUCGCCGUGGGUCGAGAGACAAUGUCGUUGUCCGGCUGGUCGAACCUGUCCUAGCAGUCUACACGGGGACGACGGACACACGAUAGUCGACAAGACGCGGCAGUACAAGCUCUGCGAGCCGGUCAAGCGUCUUCCUAUCUGUCGUUACUUCAAGGACGUGACAUGGACCUUAGCUCCUGGAGGGGGCCCGGCGAACGCAACGGUUCAACGGGUUUAUUGCCGAUGUAGACCGGGCAGCGUACCUUAUCUAGUUCGAAGGCAAGCUUACGAGUCUUCCGAAGGAAGUCCACGAUUUAUCUACGCUUUCGCUUGCUCUCCUCAAAGCAGGCUACGGUGUCAACACAAGGAACCCUGUCGCCUGUUUACGGUGCGAAAAAGACGAAGCUCGCAACUCGAGGAGGUGAACGCUUCGCCGCUGUGCCAAUGUCCGAAGGGUCAUCGAUGUCCUAGACGGCACACGGAUCCAGGAUCGCUUCCCGCGAGAUCCUAUUCCGGCGUUUUGGAGAUUAAAACUUACAGCGGAUAUUGCGUACCCACGCAGCCACCCCAUUCCGAAGCUGUUUAUACAAUUUGAAACUGAAACGCGUUGCGUCACGCUCCGCCUCGCCUCGCCUCGCCUCGCCUCGCCAUGUCAUCUAUUUCAAUUGCGUACUAGCCAUGUACACGGUCGCGGUCGUGGUCGUUCGAACGAAACUUGCCUUACGAUUUACGAUUCGAUUAUAUCGUAAGCAGCAGCUCUUUCGACAAACGACGAGCGCUGCCUACGUACGCGUCACUGCCAAUCAUUCUUUAAACUAAGUUCGAUGCGAUUCGUUCGACGAUACAUCGUCGGGUUUUCACGCCCUCGGGCAUCCAGUGUCGUAACGUCGACGCGACAUCUUCUUUUUCUUCUUUUUCUUCUUUUCCUUCUCCCUCUCCCACUCUCUCCCUAUUUCUAUCCCUCUUAUUUAUCUCCUUUCUUUAAUUUUAAUUUUAAUUUUAAUUUUAAUUUUAAUUAUAAUUUUAGUUUUAAUUUUAAUUUUAAGUUUGUUCGAAACGAUAGCUCUCUUAGUACUUUAUUCGAGUUGACUUUAACGUUUAGUUGGACCAAGUAUCGCGGAAAUUGGAAAGUUGCCGACAGACCUCGCUAGGAAAUACUUGUUAUUUAUGAUGUCGCGUGAUGUUCGUAUAUUUAAACGCGUUACUAAUAACGCAUCUAUCUAUUAACGUUACUGUCAACCAAGUUGUUCGCGAAUCUUAUUCGGUAUCACGUUAUAUGUUAUAUUAUUGUAUAUGCGUAAGGUCGUUUUUGUAAAUAUUCGAUUCCCUAAGUCAACGGAUUAAAGAAAUCGAUAUUUCUGA